AUGGCGCUCAACCCCAUUCCCCUCAAUCAGUGCGUCUGGGGCGAUUAUCUUUCGGCGCAAGAGGAAAGCCUUCCACAUCUUGCGGACGUUGAAGAUGUCACAGACAGGGUCAUCCGGAUCAUGGGCGGCAACCCGGGGGAAAUGCAACUCCAAGGGACUAACACGUACCUUGUGGGCACGGGCAAGUCCCGCAUACUCAUCGACACUGGUCAGGGAAUGCCCGUAUGGGCAACCAACAUCACCAAACUCCUUAAAGAACGAGACCUCGAAAUCUCACACGUCCUGUUAACGCACUGGCACGGAGAUCACACAGAGGGAGUUCCAGACCUAAUUGCCUACGAUCCCCGUCUCGCCUCCCGAAUCUACAAAAACCAGCCGAGCCCCGGUCAACAACCCAUCCACGACGGCCAAAUCUUCGAAACCGAAGGCGCAGUUAUCCGUGCAGUAUUCACGCCCGGCCACGCAGUAGAUCACAUGUGUUUCAUUCUCGAAGAAGAAAACGCCAUGUUCACGGGGGACAACGUCCUCGGCCAUGGGUACAGUGUUGCCGAAGACCUCGGCGAAUAUAUGAAAAGCCUAGAGAUUAUGCGCGGCCAAAAUUGUCAAUUUGGCUAUCCGGCGCACGGAAUCAAGAUUCUCAAUUUACCACGCACCAUUCAGCUAUAUAUUCGUCACAAGGAGCAGCGAGAACGUCAAAUUUAUCAUGCUUUGACCAAGGUUACUCGUACGGAUCAUAAUGCUAAGAAGAGCUUGACGGCUCGAGAGCUGGUUCAUGCGUUGCAUGGAGAUAUCCCCGAGGAGCUUUUUAAGAAUGCGUUUGAGCCGUUCUUGACGGAGUCGUUGUGGAAGCUUGCAGAAGAACGGAAGGUUGGGUUUGAGGUUGUUCGAGGACGACGUCAGUGGUUUUUGAAUAAGCGGGCAUGGCAGGUUAGCUCGGCGGCUUGA